AUGCCUAUCUAUUGUUCUCGGUCUAAGGAGGUUUCCUUUCUCUUUUUUUUUGUCACUCCCUUCUUUCGCUCUCUCUCUCUCUCUCUCUCUCUCUCUCUCUCUCUCUCUGAUUUCUUCAUUUAUCUUUUUUUAGGCAAUUUCAUUCUCCUACCCUCUUUCUGUUCUGAAUGUCGUGCCUUUUAUUUUAUUGCCACAAACAGGCAGUCAAACAUAAAACAAAUCCCGGCACGAACGUUUGUGCAUGAACCGCAAAACACUUUCAAAAAGUGGCGGUCACACAUGCACACGUGUCCAUUGAAAUGCCCAGAAUUUCCUCUCUUUUUUUUUCCCCUAACUAGCUACCUGACUCUGCUCAUUUCUAUCUAUAUAUCUAAUUAUCUAUUUAUCUCAUUCUGUUCAUAUCUAUCUAUCUAUCUAUCUAUCUAUCUAUCUAUCUAUCUAUCUAUCUAUCUCAUUAUAUAUAUAUAUAUAAGAUAUUUUCUUCUUUAUUCUUCUUUUGUUUCCUGCUUCCGAAGAACUGAUUCCAUCUAUUUCUCGCCUGCAACAUCUGUAUACUUUCCGCCACCCAGAGCUCGUCAUAUCUAUCUAUCUAUCUAUCUAUCUAUCUAUCUAUCUAUCUAUCUAUCUAUGUAUUAA